UCUUCUGAAAGGACAGCAACAGAAACCCUCCCAUCACCCACAUCUAGAGUUUGGCACUGUGGGGGCCGGAAAAAAGAACAGGCAGCUAACUUAACACAACUUCUCAGAGUCAGACUCUCUGUCGGCUCCUCCACCAGGUGACAACCAUCCCCCCAAGAUGAAACUGAUGGCCAUCUCACACGUACAUCUGGCUUUCAUUCUGGGCUCCAUCCUAGCAUUAUACUUACAAGCGAGAGGAAGUGCUACUGAUGUCCCCUUGGGAAUGACUGAAAGUCCUGCAGUUCCUACCAGUCAAAGCCCAACAAGCCAGGAGCCAACAAAACCAAGUACAGCUCUUACUACAACAGUUACACAGGAGAAAACUACUUCUGCAACACAGACAUCUGCCUUCCAAUCUGCAUCACCCACAGAGACAUCCAUCUUCCAAUCAAGAUCACCAACAGAGAUGUCAGCUUCCCCAUCACCCUCAACACUAACACCAGAGGUGCUGACAUCUUUUUAUGUGACCACUACAACUAACACUGAUCAGGGAUCAGGGAUCCUUGGCAAGGAGCAGGCUACAGCUAACAAAGAUGAAAUCUGUGAUGAAAACAAUAAGAGAAUAAUGUUAAUUUGCUUCAUUAUCAUUGGGGUCCUUGUCUUUAUCGGUGUUCUUCUACUCCUGGUCAUUGUAGUUCUGGCAAGCAAAAUGUCCCAUCUCAAGAGAAGACACCCAAGCAAGCGCCUGCCCAGGAGCAACGGCGACUUUUUAAGUGGGAACAGUUUGUGGCCUCUUGGUUUGGAAACACUGCAGAGGACGUCCAAUGAAACACCAGGAACCAAUCCAAAAACACAAGGCCCUGGGCUGGAGAGAGUGAGUGCAGAACAUGAGCAAUUUGAAGAAGCUGGAAAGAAACUAGCUAGAGAAAUAUCCAACAGACAGAAGCGCCAAGAGAUGCCACCAAAAUCACAUGACAGCACCCUAGCCAGGGUGGAGGUUUAAGCCAAGUUCCAGCAGCCAUUUUAAAAACCUGAAAGUUGCACACCGCUCUUGUGAGCAGAUUGGGUUCUAGGUAGAAACUGCUGCUGGUGAUCUUUGGGGUACUACAGAUAUAUGAGCUGUCACGGUAGACAAAAGCGCCCCACAUUAUUCUGGAGUCAAGAAAGAUUUCACAGCUACUC